AUGUUUGCAGAUCUCAACCAGACAAACUGUAGUAGCUGCACCUGCUCUGCUGGAAACCGGAUAUUCAGGGUCAGCUUUAUGAUCGCCCUGAUUCUGGCCAUCCUGCUGGGCAACUCAGUCAUCCUGGCAGUGUUCCUGGGCACCAAGCAACUGCGCACCCCACAAGGUUACCUGAAGGCUUCCCUGGCAGUGGCAGACCUGGCGCUGGGUAUCCUGGUAGUUCCCUUCUCUGUUUAUGGGGAGAUGACUCUGCUCUUCACCAACUCCUCCAGUCCACAUGGUGCCACUCAGGUACUUGCUGUGGGCUCCUGGCACCCUUGUUACCUGGUUGGUCCAGUGUUUGCCGGCUGCACCUUGGUAUCCAUCAGCACCAUCUUCCUACUCACCUUAGAGAGAAGCAUUGCUAUUCUCAAGCCUCUUCACAAGGAGUCAGUGAUUACCAGGAAAAGGACAUUGCUCCUCAUCCUCCUCUCCUGGGUAUCCAGCUUCUUCCUGGCUAUGAGCCCCAUCAUCUUCAGCAAGGGGGGGAUAGUUGUGGAAUAUAAUCACUGCAGUCGCAUGUGCAACUAUGCCCUUGCCCCAGCCUCUCCUUCCCAUGUCUGGCAAAUACUCUUGCUUUUUCCUGCAUUUGACUUCAGCCUCCUUGGGGGCACCCUGAUUAUAAACGCCCUGUCCCUCACCACUAUACAUCAGUAUACACGCAGGAGGAAACUCUUAUCUGGAGCAGACCAGGAGAACCUCAGUUUCUCUGACAUCAAGGCUGCCAAGACCAUAGGGACCCUGACUAUUGCCUUCACUGCCUCCUUUACCCCCAUAGCUGUGUUUGUGGUUGGAGAUGUGUUGGGGUACAAGUGGUGCACCUUCUCAUUCUUUGCCUUUUGGAUCCUGGCCAGCAAUAGCUGCUGUAAUGUGCUCAUCUACAGUGUGUGCGACCAGCGGUUCCGCGAGGGUGCGCGCCAGCUCUAUGUCACCCUGCGCAGCUGGUGUUGCUGCAGAAGUUCUCGUUGA